CGGCAGCAUCCUGCUGCCUCCGCAGGGAUCCUCUCGGGCAGCGGAGAGUUUUCCCCACCCCCAGCUCUGCCGCUGCCUCUUUGUUUUCUGGCAGAAGCCUCCGUGCCUUUUCAUCGCCGUUAAGGCGCCGAGCAGGAGCCUGCAUGUGCCGUGCGCGCGUCUCACCGGGAAGGCGACGCGGGCCCGCGAGCCCUCCGCGCCGCGCAUCGCCCCGCAGGGGCCGGUGGGCAGCUCCGGGGCUCUCCUCUCCAUGGGCUUCUCUCCCGGCCAGGCAGGGCUCCGAGGCCUCUGCUUUCCUCCGCUAAACCCUCUCUCACGUUGGCAGCGGUUCUGCACCUUGCCACAAGUGGAGUAAGUUGGCUGGGGAGGGGGCGGCCCCGGCCGGGCUCCGCGCGGGGCUCUCCGUCGCGGCCCUCCGGUGCCGUCGCUGCUGCCGGGCAGACACCUGAGCGGAGCGGCGCCGGGGGUGCGGAGCCGGCGGCGGCUGAGCGUUGCGUGUGCCGUGCCUGCCUCUCCGCCUAUUUGAUCGCACGACUUCCACCGGGGACUGAAUUCCUGCGCUGGAUUCUGGGCUCGGCUCUUGUGAAAGGAUCCAAUUAUUUCAGAGCUUUGAGCAUCUCCAUUUGCUGCCCAUAUUUGCAGCGCCCGGCUCUGCGCUGGCUGGAAUUCCAAGUGAUUAACGUGACUGUGACAUCCCUCCUAGGGGUGUUAUCUUUGCUCGCUGUCCCCCCCACCGCCCCCCUCUUCCUCCUCCAGCAGCGAUCGAGACAGGCAGGCAGAGACAAAGGUCUGUCCUCAACCUGGGCUGUCCUCCUGCCAGCGGCUGCUGCAUGGGAUUUCCCUGCUCUGCGUGCUGCAGGUUCCGUGGGCUCCGGGUUGAUCGCUGUAGGCUGCAUCGCAGAGGUUUGAGCCUGGCUGGGCUGGGCUGGGCUGGGCUGGGCUGCGUGGGCAGGGGGUGCUGCCGGCUGUGGAGAGCAGCUCGAUGUUCUUGCUGGAUUUUAGGCUGCUUUUCAUUCUUGGACUGUGCUAUCCUGGGGGAGAGGGGCAGCCGUGCAUGGAGGGGAGGCUGGCAGGGGGGUUGGACGUGGAGGAAAGCCGUACACAGGUGGCUGUCGCGUAUAGGAUCUGCCUGCAGAGCCUGCCAGCCCCCCUUCCCCACUGCAGGCUAUUGUCAGCAUUGCUGCCGGUAUGUGAAAUGCCAAGGCAAGGUGUCUGAGGCAAACCAGGCACCGGGGGUGAAGCCUCCGGGCUUCCUGGGAGAGCUCUCAUUGUGUUCUCCUGGCUUGGCCAGGCACGAAGGCUCGGUGUCCACACAGCCUCCCAUGGCACCUGUGUGUGGGGCUGAGGCUGGGGAGGCGCUGCGGGGCAGACCCCAGCCCAUGGCAGAGACUGGGAAUAUCUGAGCAUGCAGGGGUCUCUGACCCUUCUGGGAUGUGCUGGGACGGUGGCAGAGGGAGGAGCGGGGUCUGUUCUCACGGGUUUCCAGGAGCUUAGUGUGGGUGCUACCUCUUGCCCCAUCCUUAGCGCCUGGGCUGGGGCUUCCUCUCUGUUAUCUGCACAAGGGCCAGCACCGAGCGAGGCUCUGCAGCUGCAUAAAUCUGGCAUGGCAGCAGGCCUCCCUCAGAGCCCCUGACAGCAGGGCUUGCCCUUGCAGUGGGAUGCUCCUUCCCUCUGCAUCCUCUCUCCUCCCUUCUCCCUCCUUCCCACUUUGUGAGCUCCUUCCUCCCCAGCCUGAAGCCUAGGGGAGUGCCACAGCCACCUCCACCCUGCUCAGCCCUUCAGGCACCAUUUGCUCCAUCACAUCCCUCUCACUGCCUUCUCUCCCAUUGCCACCUCUCCCACGGACGGUGCUGGAAGUGUCCCCGGUGUCUCCUGUCUGUAUCUCUCCUGAUGGUGGCAUACCCAAUCUCGCAGAGGCCAUGGAAAAACCAUACUCUGAUGCCUGUGUUGCUGCUGUGCUGCCAUCCUUCAGGGAUGUACUGGAAACUUUCUGCUUCUCGAGCUCUGCUCUCAGCCUGUGCCAGGGAGCUCUGUGGCUUUAUGCUUUCUGUGGUUAGGUUUCCUUCCUUUUUCUGGGUUCAGAUAGGACCAGCAGAGCUAUGGUUUAUCCUCCAGGCAGUCACUUUCCAGCAGUUUCCAUUGCCUUUUCUCUUGCCUUGUGCUCUGUACUGAGGAUGAUUCUGUGCCCUCCUGUAACAGCAGCCCCUCUUCUUCUGUGCUGCUUGGUUUCUGCUUCACUCUCAGUGAUGCUGCAAAGGUUUCCUUAGCACUGCCCAGGAGAGGGAGCAGGAAGCAGUAUAAAAGCCAGUUUGGGGUUGGUUUUCUAAUUUUUUGUUGUCUGAAAGGUGCAAGGAGCCCUCUCAUCCCCACCAGCUCACAGUCAUGGUGCUCUGUCUCAGGCAGUGAUGCUCAGACCUGGCCACCUGCCCUCUGCAAAGCCCCGCUGCAUCCCAGCAUGCGGUACAGCUGCUGCAUCGCCCAGCCGGGGACCCUUCCUCUCCCGCCAUCCUGCUCUGUUGCCAGCAGACUGAGGCCACGGUUUGUUUAUCCUGUGUUCCCCCUGGAUAUGCUAAUAGGAAUGAAAGCAGCAGGUAAGCCAUGUCCCUGACCCCCAGACCUGGCUUUGUCAUCCUGCGUCAUGGUCUGGUGGCUCGGUGUCCCCAGGGAACUCAGGGUCUCUGUCCCAGCACCUGGAAUGUGCCCCCUUCCCUGCAGGUGCCUUAGCACCACGUGUCCCAUAGCUGGCAAAGUGUUGUGCCCUUUCCCAGGCGUAGCCAGGCUAGAAGAAGAGGGGAAAGCUGUUGAUCCAGGUGCUGGGAGAGCCCUGCAAAACCACAGCUGGGGUGUGACCCUGGUGGCACUGCAGAGCUGUAGCAGUGAAUUUCUCCUCCUUCAACAUGUGGUUGAUAAAGAGCUCUGCCUGUGCACUGGCAGCCGCCAUCCUGCUUCUCUGCACACUGGGCUGGGGCAGGUGACUGCCUUGCUCAUCUCCUCCAGCUGGCCUGGGAGCUCAGUGUGAGCAGAAGCUCUUUCCAAGCUUCCCCCUGCAGGCAAAGCCUAUUCAGUCUUAUUUCAUAGCACCAGUGUGGGGUGUAACACCAGCAAAAUCACAGCUGCUUGGGCGUGGGAGGGGCUGGACUUCUGGCUUGGGGACAGGGAGCCCCAUGUGCUGCAUCCAGGAGUUGGCACCCAUACUGCUCAGUGGGGCAGUGAGGACUCAGACCUGGUCCUGUCCCAUCCAGGCCACCAGAAGUGGGGCUCUGGAGAUGCUUGGCUCUAGGGGAAGAGAAAGAUGAGAUGUCCCGGUGAUGUCUCCCCAUCCCUGCUGUGGCUGCAGGAGUUUGGAGUCUCUGAGUUUGGAUUUUUUGAGGUGGGCUGUGGAAUCCUGGUAUUUCCCCACAUGAUGCUUUGGACAAUGGCACAUAGGUUGGCAAGGUGAGGUGCAGCCUAUUGUGCUGGGUACACGCACUACUGCCCAGUGCUGGCAUCCCUUGGGAACUGGUGUAGAGACCUCGUUUGGGAUGGGUUUGUGAUGUCAGUCUUUCCUGCAAGGCAGCUGCUGCUGGGGAGCAAAGGGCUCAGCCUGUCUGCAUGAGGACUUGGGUAGGGCUGUGACUACAGAGGGGCGUGGGGCAGAGAAGGAAAGAGCAAAGGCUGAACCUGCACGUUUGUCCUGCAUGGACACGUAAAGGAAGGAUGCGGCUUCCUUCCACCACCCCAUGCUGACUGUUGCCGACUUUUGCUGAUUUUGCUUCCCGGUGGCUGACCGUGCCAUGGAAGUCAUGGUGCAGGUCUGCCUUGGAGGUGGAAAAGGGAAGCAGCCACCUGAUGUUCGAGCUCUCCCUGUUCUAGAUGGGCAGAGCACAGUGUAUUGGCAGCACGGCAUCCUCCCAUGGCUGCAGACAUCCACCUGCCUUCCCUCCUGCGGAAUGCCAGGAGGGGCUGAGCUUCACAAAGAGCUUUUGUUGAGGCUUUAGACCAGGAGGUUGUUAUGCUGCAGUGCUGACUCGCUGUGUUGUGAGUGCUCUGUGGGAGCUGACAUGUUGCAUCUGUGUUCUGGCUGCUCACUGGGGGUGCCCUUCCCCUGGCUUUGCUGGAGGUGGCUUUUGGGCUGGCCUGCUCCUCAGAACUGGGACUAAUUGCAAAUCUUACGAGAAAUGUAAUGAGGGAGCAGAAUGUUUUCUGAGGCAGUCUAGGUCAGGCAAGGUCCUCCUUGCACUAAUGUAGCAUCUGAUGGUCCAGGGUACUAGAAAGGGGUGCACUUGUGUAUUUGGUGCCUCUGAGCAUCCCUGCUGGGAUUUUGUUUAUCUGCUUGACCCUGCUGUUUCCAGGCUUCGGGACAGUGCUUGCAGUCAGGAUGCCCAGUGGGACAAGUAGCAGCUUCCCUCCAGACAGCCUCCAGCUGAGGCUGUACUGGGGAGGGAGGCGCAGAGUCCCCAGCAAUGGGCAGCACUUUCUCCUUUACCCAGAGCUUCCUGGAACUGCAGAGCUUCCAAGAAGUCCUGUGACUGAGGAGCUGAGGGUGGAGGUGCCCAAGGUCUCCUGCCUGCUGUGAAAGUGUUGACCACGAGCUCCUGCUCAGAUUGAUUUUCCUCCUUGCCCUCUUCCAGGCAUCAAAGCUGCAGUGCUCGUGGUUUAUAACCACAAGGGAGCUGUGCUCGUCUGCGAAUCUUCAUACAUAAAGGGCGCCUCUGAGCAGAGCUUCCGUGGAGACUAAAGAGCUGGAGAGGACAGUGCAGAGGUUCGGAGGCACACCGUGAUGGUGGGAGCCAUUCCACGGCAGCCACGCCGCUUCUGGGGGGUGCCUGGCUGGCAAGUGUCUUCAGCUAGCUGUGCCAACGAUCGCCCGUUGUGGGACGGGGAGAUUGAUCCGGAGUGGAGUGGGGUUCUGCUGCAGAAGGAGCCCCAUACUGGCGGGCUCACCUGGACAUCUUGAGCAAGGAGUCCAGCUCCUGCCCUCUCAGCAUCACCUGUGGCACUUUACUGUCCCCUUCCUGCUGCUGCAUGGGCUGUCCUGACUCUGACUCCACGUGGGGUCCAGCCAAGUAAGGCUCCAUGCGGCACAUCCACACAGAGACGCCUCUGCCCCCGGAGCGCGGCACUGACUCCAGCCUGUCCCGACCCAGUGGAGAGGCGGCCUUGGAGCCUUCCUCACAGCACUGUGCCCACCAUGGCAUCCUCAUGGGCUACAACGAGACAGAGAUCAAGCGCCAGAAGGUUUACCAGGUCUCCAUCUUCUCCCAUCUCUCCAGCUCCUCCGAGAGCACGGAGCAGCGAGCAGGCAGUCAUCCGACUCUCAAGAGGGGCUACCCUGAGCAGCGAACUCCAGAGGGGGUGCGGGAUCCCAAACGAACUCACUGGGGUGGAGGGUUGGACAGCAAGCGUGAUGGGGGCCUGGGACAGGCUGCCCUGGAGGACGAUGAUACUUUUGAGGAUGGUCUGCUGGUGGACGAGCUCUCUCUGUGCGGCUCUGCCCAGCACUUCUCCCACAGUGGGCUGCAGGUGGUGGAGCACCGAUGCGUGAGCAGCCCCAGCCCCAAGGCCAAUAGAGAGGACAAGCCGCAAGAUACCUCCUCCUUCUGGCCACAGCACAUUGCUUGCAGUACUUUGCACACAAGAGAUGAUUGCCCUGUCCCCUCGGGGAAUCAGCUUGCAGACUGCUGGGAGAAUGGGGAGCGAAUGAGUGGCCACAACCUACUUGACCUUGAUUUGCACAAUAUUGCACAAACACCCCAGCUGGACUAUGGUGGGAGGGGAGAGAAGCCAGGCAGCAGCCCCGCUCACAGCUGUGGGGCUGGCGAAGCAGAGGAAUGGCCGGUGGCUAAUGGGUGCAAGGAGCCUCCAGCCCCACAGAUGUUACUCAGCCCUGAGCCCAGCAGCCUGAGCUCCCAGGAAAAGACACCCUGUGGGAACAGCAGCAGCGUUAGCUGCCCUGCCAAAAGGAAGCUGCUGCCCGCUGGUGAGAUUACAGCUGACUCCUGCUCUGAGGAUGAGAGCUUAUCCCAGCUGGUGAGGAAGAAGAGAGCCCUGCCAUGCCACCCAGUGCCCACAGCCUGCCGCAGCACUGACGCCAAGGGAGCCCCUUUCUGGAAUCACCUGCUUCCCACAGCCAAGAGCUCUGCAGAUUGCACUACGGUCGGGAGGAGGCUGAAGAGUGGGCUGCGCCUCAAAUCGCGACAUCUCCGGAGCAGCCUCCGGAGAGGGACCCGUUCCUCUGCAGCAUCCUGGGCCACCACCACUGUCAGCCAUGCUCUGCUGGGCAACUUUGAGGAGUCCAUCCUGAAAGGGCGCUUUGCACCAUCAGGACGCAUCGAGGGGUUCACCGCAGAGAUCGGUGCCAGCGGCUCCUACUGCCCCCAGCAUGUCACCCUGCCCGUGGACGUCACCUACUUUGACAUCUCCGAACACAGCGCGCCCUCACCUUUCCUGGGAGUGAUUGACUUGGAGGCCUUGGGAAAGAAGGGUUACAGUGUUCCUAAAGCUGGAACCAUCCAAGUGACCUUAUUUAACCCCAACAAGACUGUGGUGAAGAUGUUCUUGGUGACGUACGACUUCCAGGACAUGCCUGCCAACCACAUGACCUUCCUACGCCACCGCAUCUUCCUGGUUCCUGUGGGGAAAGAGAAAGGGGCCACCGUGGCCUGCAGUGAGCCACCAGGCACUGGCCCACCCCGCAGGGUCCUCUGCUACCUGAUGCACCUGAGAUUUCACAGCUCCAAGUCUGGGAAGAUCUACCUUCACGACAACAUCCGGCUGCUUUUCUCACGCAAGUCGAUCGAGGUCGACUCGGGGAUCCCAUAUGAACUGAAAUCCUUCACGGAGAUGCCAAGGAACCCUCGCUACUCGCCCUGGCCCUGACUUUCUCCCUUGCUCGGGGCCACCGAGGAGUGCCCAGCCCAGAGCUUUGGGGAUCAAUGAGUAAAGGAGAGACCAAGUGCAGCCGCCUUGAAGUUUCCCAACCCUAUGCACCUAUCCUCCUGAGCAGCACUGAUGUCACUGUGCCCUGGGGCAGAGCUGGCAUCACCAAAGGGGAUUUGUGAGGAGGGGCAAGGGCUGGGGAGCACCCCAGGGCUGCGCCCAGGACUUUUUUUUGUGAGCUGGGAGGUGUGGCUGGAGCUGAGGGGGAAGGCUUCUCCCAACCUGGCCCUGGGUUGGGAGCAAAAAGUUCAGAAGUUUGUAUUUAUUAGUAUUUAUUGUCAUAGGGGUGCGGAGGUGUUGGAGAUAUGGUUCCUGGCAGGGGGUAGCCAGGGUGAUGGGGAUGAGGGCAGCCGUGAAGGAUGAGCCUGGAGGGUGGCCGAGACUCACUGGGCACCAACUCUGUGUGGCUGGAACGUCGCUGUGUGUGUGUGUAGGGGUGUGAAUCCAUCCAGGGUGCCAGCCACCGGCCAGGAAUGACACGGGAGCUGGGGGCUGUGGUCCUUCAGAGGACCAGGUAGAACCCGCAAGCCCUGCCUGUCCCUCGGGCCCAGCCCGGGGGGCUCACGGGCAGGUGAGGAGCAGCUCCUUCCCUUCACCCCAGCACCCCGCUGGCUUCCCCCUGCAGCACCCCAGGGCUGGGGGCUCGCCCCACGGCACCCCGUGUCGAGGCCCCGCCCGGAGCGCUGUAGCGGUACCUCUGUGUUGGUUUCUAUUUAAUAAACGUUUGGAAACCCA